AGGGGUCGUCCGCGCUGCGACUGAGUUAGUAAAAGGGAAAAAAGCGCGGUGUUCGACGUGCAGGGAAUCUUCGAAAGCCAGCGCGUUAUUAUCCACAGGCUUUGGAAAGCAUUCCAGGGGCAAGCCGACGCCCGCCCUCGCAGUUUCAAGCGCAACGAGCUUGUUCAGCCUGUGGAUCGCUACCAUUGACAAAAGGUUUUGCUUGUAUUUACAUGUGAUACCACUGGAGAAAUAAAUACCAAAGAAACAACAGUGAUUGCCUCUAGGGAUUUUUUAAAUUGGAGACCAGAAUGCUUAAAUCAUUUGUCAGCAGAGCGGGGCUAGGGCAUGCUGCUUUUCUAAGUGACCUAGCGCCCCAUAUGCCAUGGCCCUUGUGUCUGCUGAUUCCCGCAUUGCAGAACUUCUCACAGAGCUCCAUCAGCUGAUCAAACAAACGCAGGAAGAGCGUUCAAGGAGUGAACACAACUUAGUGAACAUCCAGAAGACCCACGAGCGGAUGCAGACAGAGAACAAGAUCUCUCCCUAUUACCGGACAAAGCUGCGUGGCCUCUAUACAACUGCCAAAGCCGAUGCGGAGGCCGAAUGCAACAUCCUCCGGAAAGCCCUAGAUAAGAUUGCGGAAAUCAAGUCUCUAUUGGAAGAGAGGCGCAUCGCUGCCAAGAUUGCAGGCCUGUACAAUGACUCGGAGCCUCCUCGGAAGACCAUGCGCAGGGGGGUGCUAAUGACCCUGCUGCAGCAGUCAGCCAUGACCCUGCCGUUAUGGAUCGGGAAGCCUGGUGACAAGCCGCCCCCACUCUGUGGGGCCAUUCCAGCCUCUGGGGACUAUGUGGCCAAGCCUGGAGACAAGGUGGCUGCCCGGGUAAAGGCCGUGGAUGGGGAUGAGCAGUGGAUCCUGGCCGAGGUGGUCAGCUACAGCCAUGCCACCAACAAGUAUGAGGUAGACGACAUUGAUGAGGAAGGCAAAGAGAGACACACCCUGAGCCGGCGGCGGAUCAUCCCGCUGCCUCAGUGGAAGGCCAACCCUGAGACAGACCCCGAAGCCUUAUUCCAGAAGGAGCAGCUCGUGCUGGCCCUGUAUCCCCAGACCACCUGCUUCUACCGGGCCCUGAUCCACACCCCCCCACAACGGCCCCAGGAUGACUAUUCGGUCCUGUUCGAAGACACUUCCUAUGCAGAUGGUUAUUCCCCUCCCCUCAAUGUGGCCCAGAGGUAUGUGGUGGCUUGUAAGGAGCCCAAAAAGAAGUGAAGCAGGCUGGCAGGCUCAGUCUCCUGCCACCCCCCUCAAGGAGGAAUGCAACAAAAGAUUGUGAUCAAAUAAAUAUUCUUCCCCUCUG